UGCGGGCUGAGCUCCAGUCACGUGACCGCGGCGCAGGUGAGCACCGCUUCCGGGGUCGGGUGCGGGGGAUCGCGGCCGGCUCCCGCUUACACUCGGCCCGGUGCGCGGGAAGACUAUGGCGUCCUCCUCGGUCCCGCCGGCCAGCGUGCCGGCAGCGACGGCGGGCCCCGGCCCGGGUUUCGGCUUCGCCUCCAAAACCAAGAAGAAGCAUUUCGUGCAGCAGAAGGUGAAGGUGUUCCGGGCGGCCGACCCGCUGGUGGGCGUGUUCCUGUGGGGCGUAGCCCACUCGAUCAAUGAGCUCAGCCAGGUGCCUCCGCCAGUGAUGCUGCUUCCAGAUGACUUCAAGGCCAGCUCCAAGAUCAAGGUCAACAACCAUCUUUUCCACAGGGAAAAUCUGCCCAGUCAUUUCAAGUUCAAGGAGUAUUGUCCCCAGGUCUUCAGGAACCUCCGUGACCGAUUUGGCAUUGAUGACCAGGAUUACUUGGUGUCCCUUACCCGAAGCCCCCCACAUGAAAGUGAAGGUAGUGAUGGUCGCUUCCUUAUCUCUUAUGAUCGUACUCUGGUCAUCAAAGAAGUGUCCAGCGAGGACAUUGCUGAUAUGCACAGCAACCUCUCCAACUACCACCAGUACAUCGUGAAGUGCCACGGCAACACACUGCUGCCCCAGUUCCUGGGGAUGUACCGAGUCAGCGUGGACAAUGAAGACAGCUACAUGCUUGUGAUGCGCAAUAUGUUUAGUCACCGUCUUCCUGUGCACAGGAAGUAUGACCUCAAGGGCUCCCUAGUGUCCCGGGAAGCCAGUGAUAAGGAAAAGGUUAAAGAAUUGCCUACCCUGAAGGAUAUGGACUUUCUGAACAAGAACCAGAAAGUAUAUAUUGGUGAAGAGGAGAAGAAAGUAUUUCUAGAAAAGCUGAAGAGAGAUGUGGAGUUUCUAGUACAGCUGAAGAUCAUGGACUACAGCCUCCUGCUGGGCAUCCACGACAUCAUCCGGGGCUCGGAGCCAGAGGAGGAGGGUCCCGUACGCGAGGAUGAGCCCGAGUGGGACGGGGACUGUAACCUGACUGGACCACCUGCCCUGGUGGGCUCCUAUGGAACCUCCCCUGAGGGCAUCGGAGGCUACAUCCAUUCUCAUCGGCCCCUGGGCCCUGGAGAAUUUGAGUCCUUCAUCGAUGUCUAUGCCAUCCGGAGUGCUGAGGGGGCACCCCAGAAGGAGGUGUAUUUCAUGGGCCUCAUUGACAUCCUGACACAGUAUGAUGCCAAGAAGAAAGCGGCUCACGCAGCUAAAACCGUCAAGCAUGGGGCUGGGGCUGAGAUCUCCACAGUCCAUCCUGAGCAGUAUGCGAAGCGCUUUCUGGACUUCAUUACCAACAUCUUUGCCUAAAAGACUGGCCAGCUCCAUGGUGACUGCUGCUUCCUGUCCAGGUGGUGGGGCACUCAGAGGCUAGGGGGAACCAUGGCUACACUGGCCACUGCUUCUCUUCCUCCUUUGCUAGAAUUCAGCCCGCAGGCUCCUCCCACCCAGAUAACCCCAUCACGCGGAACAGGCCCUUCCUGCCCCUCGGAAAUACAUUGCCCUUUUUCCCCACAUUUCUGCCCUCUCCUGCUCGCACCAAGUCCGCUUGCAUUAUUAGAGUGUUAGUGUCGCCUCUCUCCCAAGUGCCUUGAUCUUUGUAAAAUAUCCUAUUGUCUCCAUAAAAUAGGAGGAGCUGGGGGCAGGGGGUUGUUUGCCAUCUUCAGGACCUGACUGGACAGACGGACCCUGACUCAAGCAAUGACUCUGGAUGCCCUUAGAGGUGCGGGAUGAACUCAAGAGUGUCUGAAUUGCGUUGAUCAUGUUACAGAACCUGCUGUGGUGUGCCUCCCUCCUGGUAGGCCCUGGGCCAGAGCACUCUGAAGACACUACAGACUUGGGCGCAGGCAUGCACUCAUUUCAGUGGACUGCCUCUGGGCUUGCACGGCACUGGGCAGGGUGGAGGGCUGUCUGCAGACUGGCACUCCCAGAAGUGGGCCCCAAGAGGACUCCCUCCUGCGGCGAUGCGGGCGGUUGGAGAGGGUCUCUGUGUAGGACUGACUACUCUUCAACCUCCUCUUCCCUCACUU